GGGCGAACUCGCUGAGAGAGAAUGGCGGAGAACGGCGAGACUCGCUGCAAAUUCUGGCUUCCGAAGAAGAACAGAUUCUGCUCGAAUGCCCGGAUCGGUAAUUCGGUGUUUUGUGGCAACCAUAGCCAGAGGACGGAUGACCAAUGGAUUCCGUGCCCUAUCGACCCUUCUCACUCUGUGUUGCAAGAGAAUCUCGUAGGGCAUGUCAAGAGAUGUCCUUUACUGAAACAAGUGGAGGCCUUGUCUGCUCAACCAUUUUACCAGAAGGGCAUAAAUGCUGGGGAAGAAGAUGGAGAAGAACGAGAUAAGCAGGGUUCAUGUUGUCCGGAUGGUAUUGUUACUUCAGAGAUGAAGAGGAAUCUGCUCUAUAGCAUGAGCGUUUCUCAAUUUUACGAGUUAAUUAGAAAGAUUGAGACUGCUCAUGGUAUAAUAUGUACGGAUAUAGAGGUUUCGUAUAACUUGCCGGAAGCUUGUAACAUGUGGAUUAAGAAGGAGAUAGAUAGGAAGUUGCCGUUUCAAGAGAAACAUGUUUUGCAGCAAGCUUCCAUUAUCGGGAACUUGGAGGAGAUUGGAGCACUGAAGAGAUAUAAGAACGUGAAAGGUUGUGAAAGCGAUAUUGAACAGGAAGACGAAUCUGUGGCUGCAGUGGUCGAGUUCGGGGCCGGGAGAGGAUACUUGACACAGAUGCUCGUAGAUUGCUAUGGGAUCAGAAUGGUGUAUUUAGUCGAGAGAAAAUCUUAUAAGCUUAAGGCUGACCGGUCAUUGCGACAAAAGGAGAACUUGGUAUUAGAGCGCUUAAGAAUAGACAUCGAGGAUUUGAACCUGAACGCUGUUGAAUCUCUACACGGAGUUUCAUACGUGGCUGUCGGGAAACAUCUAUGUGGGCCUGCAACGGAUUUGAGCCUAAGAUGUUGUCUGUCCAGACAAGACAAUGGAAGUAGUUCUACUCUGAGAGGCCUUGCCAUAGCAACCUGUUGCCAUCACCUUUGCCAAUGGAAACACUACAUAAAUAAAGAAUACUUCACCCAGAUGGGGUUUUCCAAAGACGAGUUCCUGGGGAUGACAUGGCUCACCAGCUGGGCUGUAGAUGCAGAUCACGGCUCCAACCUUCCCGAAAUCACUGACCUCGGAUCAACUGGGAAGAGGGAAGAAGAAGAAGAAGAAGAAGGGGAGAAUGGGUGGAGGAGGGUGGAGGAGAUAGUGAGGAAGAUGGAGCCGAAGGAACGGGCGGUUAUAGGGUUUAAGUGCAAGCAAAUUAUCGAUGCCGGGAGGAUGAGUUGGGUGAAGAAACAAGGGUUGGAGUCGAAGCUCGUCAAGUAUAUUCCACACAGCAUCUCUCCUGAGAACACCUUGCUUCUUGCUGGAAUCCCCUCUCUACCCUAUCCUCAAGUUUAAAGAAUAUAUGCUGCACCAUCCCUUGGCGCCAUAGCUGUAAUAGUCUUGUGUUACACCUAUACACACACACACACACACAAGAGGGAUUGAAAGCAUAGGGCCUUGUAUCAGAGUGUGUGGGCUUGAUUUAAGUUGGUUAGGAUUUAUUGGUACGAUUCUUUUUUUUCUUUGGAUGCGGAUAAGUGAGAUAUUAUUGUUGUUAAUCUUUUAGAGAAAAUCA